AUGACCAGCGCCGAGUUGAUACCGGCGCAACAGACGUACCCAUUGGUAACGCCAACGGACAGCGGUGAACAAGACUGGCCGGACUUUCUGACAGCCCUCAUGGAACCGUACACUUCCACGGAGUUGGAUAGCGUAGGCGUCUCGCUCGACACAUUCACAUACGUCGAGGACUCGGCUCUCAACCUCUCACCACCACUUUCGAGACUUGCCCAAAGCCACACAUCGGAUCGGACUAGAGUACAAGCUUCCCAGCAUGCUAGCUCUGUUUCUGGAUCCGUUACAAGUUCGAGUGACUUCAUGCCCGGCUCACUGGCCAGACCCCAUGGUAGCAGCACAGAUGAGACGACUUUCUUCCCACCGAGCCCUCAGAUCGCAUCAGGGGGGGCGUCCUCAGAUUCAAAGCACACCUGCGCACAGCACUACAGCCCUAGCCGUACGGGCUCCUCCGCCAGUCGACCAACCCGCCGCUGCCAGUGCCUCAUGCGGUUGCUUGACUUCAUGGCUCAGCUGUCGAUAGAACCGUCCCAAGCGUGGGACGCUGCCCCCGAUGGCGAACCUUCGACAAUCAAUACUCACUCAACAAGCCUCGAGCUCGUCAGCAAAGGUAUCAGAAAUAUAAGUGACGGGCUCGACAAGAUCUUGCAGUGUCCAUGCUCUCAUGACACUUUCCUGCUCUUGCUCGUCAUAUUCAAGAUCCAAGCUUGCUAUAUCGACGCCGUGAACGCCAUUACAAGCGAGGAUGAUGGCGGCGGCGUCAAAAACUUCCGGUUCAAGCUUGCUCCGCAGUCUUCGUGGAAUGAUGCACCUGAUGACGAUGACGACGACGACGAUGGCGAAGACUCCGGGGAUGAAGACCAGCGGCGCAUCUUCAUCCACUAUGUACUUUCGAGAUUAGCAGGUCUGAGGACUCUGAUCAUUCGACUAUCCGAGCGGCUUGUCGAGCCCAAGACCUUUCCGAGCGAAGCACGCCGGCCAACAGUACCGCAAGGCCCUCCGUAUUACUCAGUGGUUGAGGGCAAGAUCGAGAUCACGCCGUUGUCUGCGUCGUCGUUGUGCACCUUGGCGUCGGAUUUACAUAAUCGGUUAAAGGGUAUGUCACAGGCUAUGUCAGAGAAGCUGCGAGAAGUAUAA